AUGAAGCUCUCCCUCUCUUCGCCACUGGCCUUGUCCCUCCUCGCUCUGGCAGCCUUAUCAAGCGCAGCUGAUGCCCCCAAGCCCUACGUCCGCUGCAACGUCUGGAAAAAAGGCAUCCCCUUCACCCAGCACUUUGUGCUUCCUCUAUGGCUGCGCUAUUCCGUCGAAGCGCACGACAUCCCCGAGGGUGAAGACGUGCCGGCGCUCUGCAACAAGCUGUGGAAGGAACUGAAGCAGUUUGCGGGUAGCUGCGUCGUCAACAUCGACAGGCCGCAUUGCAAGGCCAACGGGCCGACGAAGUUGCAGUGGGAUUUCAGUGUCGGGUUGGGGUGCAAUACGGGCAUGGUGCAGGCUGCUUGGUGGGAUGCGGUGAAGGACCGGAUGGGUUUGAUCAAGUGUGUUGAUGUUACAUAG